GGUUCUCUGUCAUCAGGAACUUCAGUAAUGCAAGUUACAGCGAUAGAUUCAGAUGAUCCAAUGACCGAAAACGCAGCUCUGAGCUACUCCAUCAUUGGGCAAGAGAGUAUCCCUCCUCACGGCAUCAACAAGACCAUGUUUGGCAUUAACAACAAAACUGGAGUCAUCUACACUCGGGAUGUGGGACUAGACAGAGAUGUGGUGCAGUCCUUCAGGCUGACUCUGCAGGUGGCUGACAUGUCUGGAAUGGGCCUAACCUCCACCGGUCGUGCCAUUAUUCACAUCUCUGACAUUAACAACCAUGCUCCAAAAUUCCAUCCUACCAUGUACAACAUGUAUGUAAUGGAGAACAAGUACAUCGCGGAGCUGGGCAGAGUCAAUGCGACAGAUAAGGACCAGAAAGGUGGAGAUAACUGGAAGAUUAAGUACACCAUUGUAAAUCCUUCAGGGCACUUUUCCAUCCGCACAGACCCAGUUUCCAACCAAGGCAUCAUUUCUGUGGUUAAGUUACUGGCCAAUUUCGACUGGUUUGAAAUCAUUCAGGAUCCUGAGAAUUGGCUUGCUAUUAACCAUGCAACUGGACAAAUCACAGCCAGGAGAUCCUUCAACAUCCAGUCUCCCCACGUCAGAAACAACAUUUACUCUGCUAUUGUGAAAGUCAUAGAUCAGGACGCUGAUGGCAUCUCUGCAACAGCUACAUUGGAGGUCAAUCUGUGGGAGACCAAUGAUUACCCACCAGUGCUCAUACCCUUGAGUGGGACAGUGUGCAGUGAUCGGGACAGAGAUAAAUUGGGCCUUCUGCUUAGUGCUGUGGAUGAGGACAUGUCCCCUCAAGCUGACCCCUUCACCUUUUACAUUGCUGAUCAAAAUGUGGCUGCCAACUGGACCAUCAUAACUCUUAAUGGUAAAACAUUAGACAUACAUUUAUUUUUUAUAUUUGUGUAUCCUGCUGGAAACCAGCUUAGAUUAGUAUGAAAGUCCAUGCUGGUCCUGGUUGAUCUGGGUGCUGGUUUGGUGCAAGUAUACCUGGUGCACCAGCAUAGCCAUAGUGAGAUUGUUAAGCCAGUUAACCAGCAUGGUCUUUCAGGUGGAACUGGUCAAUCAAGUAAGUCUUGGAUAAUC